AUGCCCCCCGGGCCGCCGUGCGCCGGGCCGCCCCGCGCCGCGCUCCGCCUGUGGCUGAGCUGCGUCUGCUUCGCGCUGGUGCAGGCGGACAGUCCCUCGGCCCCUGUGAAUGUCACCGUCAGGCACCUCAAGGCCAACUCUGCGGUGGUCAGCUGGGAUGUCCUGGAGGAUGAGGUUAUCAUCGGGUUUGCCAUCUCUCAGCAGAAGAAGGACGUGCGGAUGCUUCGCUUCAUUCAGGAGGUGAACACCACCACCCGCUCGUGCGCCCUCUGGGAUCUGGAGGAGGACACAGAGUACAUUGUGCAUGUGCAGGCCAUCUCCAUUCAGGGCCAGAGCCCAGCUAGUGAGCCUCUGCUCUUCAAGACCCCACGUGAGGCCGAGAAGAUGGCCUCUAAGAAUAAAGAUGAGGUGACCAUGAAGGAGAUGGGGAGGAACCAGCAGCUGCGAACAGGAGAGGUGUUGAUCAUCGUUGUGGUCCUCUUCAUGUGGGCAGGUGUUAUAGCUCUCUUCUGCCGCCAGUAUGACAUCAUCAAGGACAAUGAGCCCAAUAACAACAAGGAGAAAACCAAGAGUGCAUCGGAAACCAGCACACCAGAGCACCAGGGCGGGGGGCUCCUCCGCAGCAAGAUAAUGCACAAAGCUCUGGGAGAGAGCAAGACUGGCUGGAGCUGUGGCCCCUUCAACCGAGGCAGCAGGGAAGCUGUGGGGCUGCCUGCCUUUCGGGGUCCUGACGCCAUCAAGCCCGUUCUAGAUGUGGCCAAAAAGGACAUGUGCGGUGUGAGGCACACCUUUGCGAAUGUUUGA